CGCUAAAGACUUGUUUUUGGUUUUCCCCCCACGCCCUGACAGAACAUCCCUUUUAUAAAUCAAUGUUUCUACAUCUCAUACCACAGGCUUUCUGUGUUAUUUUACUCCAACAGUGAAACCAAAGUUCACUUACCUCCCUUCCAAGGUUGGGAUUACAAAAACCUUACACACAUCUCGCCCUCCUCUCCCGCUGCAGUCACACCAGUCCAGUAAAUAAAUACUUGGCUGAGUUUUACCACCCUUUGCCCAGUUAACUAAAAACAAAUGCCUUCUGCUUUGUGAAAGACAAGUCAUGCCUACUUCUGUUGCUCCAGCCAGCAGUUUCUCAGCCAGCUUGGCCGCCAAGAGACUGAUUUCUUCUCAGUGACUCUGAAACAGUUACCACAUCUUUCUGUGAUCAAUGUAUGAAAAGAAAAUAACAUAGUCGUGGGCUCCAAGGAGGGGAAAUAGCUAGCUAUACCCUUUCCCAAGACUACAGAUGACCCACCAUUGCUCACCUUUCCUUAGUAAUACUGGGGCAAAAGUGUUAUGAUGGAGAGCAAAGGGACAGGGGAUGGAAGGGUUUGAGAAGAUAAGAGCUGUUCAUAUUGCAGGCUCCUUUAUUAAGAUUAUCUACUUUUUUUUUUAUUUUAUUUUUUUUCUCAUGGAUAGUACAUUCAAAAUAUUUUAGCACCCCAUCUGAGCUUGGCACAGCUUGUCAAGAGGAGAAAAUGCAGAGCUGCUCCUUAGUAUUAUUUCAGAGCAGACACAGAGGUGACCCUGCCGCAGGCUUGGCCGCUCGUAAUGCUUGGUGGUUACCUCUCGUCACAAAUAAAGGGCAAAGCAUUGAUGGAGAAGCGCCGCUAGUGUGCAGUUGCAGCACUGGUGGGCCAAUUCGUGUUUGCCCGACUUUCCUGGGUGGUCGCCUGGCUUGUAUGCAGCACAUGGAAACAGAUCUUCUGGAAUGUGAAACCGUGCCUUGUGCUUUUCUCCCACAAGUAUUUUAUAGUUUUGACUGGCAUGCGCGAAGGAAACAGAGAAUAAUAGAAAAAAAAAAAACAUAUCUCUUCAGCUGUGCUUCCUUUCCAUACCAAGGUUUUGCAUUUAAAGUAGAACAACCAGUCCGUGUUAUUGUGUCAGUCUGUUUUUUAAAGUUUAAUAAUGAGUUUUCUGGUAAAAGACUGAAGAAGUAUUUUUGUGUCCUUAAACUCAUUUCCACUUUAGAUAGUGGAUACUUCUUUGUGUCUUCACUCAGAUAAGCUGAAUCCAUGUGAGUUUAGUGAUUGGCUAAUCCGAUUCUUAAAAAUUGGGAAGAUCCCUUUGUCCAAGUUAUAUUUAUUUAAUGCCUGGUUUUACAGAAAAAGUUUGUGAAGGGAUCUUGAGUGUUUGAGAUUUUUUUGUUGUUGUUCUUUUCUUUUUAGUAGUGAUGUUAUAAACCAGUAAGUAUCCAGGCUUUUGUAAGUCUCAUGUGUGAGUGCUGUACGUGGGAUGAGGAGAGAAGAAUUUAUGCUCAGCAUCUCUUUCCUUGUCCUCUAGAUGUGGCUAACAUCUACUUACUAGCUCUGUGAUCAUCGCUCCUAAUGUUUGGUGUAAGGUAGAAGCAGCAUGUUUUUUCAGUCCCUUCACAGACAGAAAAGACAGGACCUUGGCAGCAGUUUCUCCAUCAGGUUCAGCUGCACAGCCUGGGAAAGGCAGCCCACAAACCUAAGUGGUCCUGAAAGAGCAUGUUGAGGAUCCAGCUUUGGUCCAGCUGUGAAUCAACCACUUAAGGCUGAGGAUCCUUUGUACCACCAGAGAAGUCACCUCCCUCUAACAGUGGGAUCUUUGCCCUGGAAGUGGGAGCUUAAGAAGACACAAGCAUUUCGAAGGGGCAUUGGAGCAGUAAUGGUAUAUACAUUAACGGCAGUAAAGUAGGUGCAGGAGCAUGGAGGGGUGAAUGGGCAUGUACGAGUCAAAGAGAAGAUGCUUGCUUUUCCCACUCCUCUGCCCUUGAAGGUAGCUCCAUCCUCCAGGGGCAUGGUCCUGGUUUCAGGAGGGAUGCAUGAGGGCUCAAAUCACUUAGCUUCUGAGUUGUGUGAAUCUGAAGAUAAGUGUUCUCAUUGUUUGCAAGGUGCCGUGCAGUCCUCUGCUGGGAUUGUAUACCAAGUAUACAUGUAAGAGGCACCCCUGCCUUUGCAGUAGCUUUCAAAUUAAAUCUCUUGUGUUUCUUUACCACAGCAGCUCCCUAGCCUGCUUUGUCAGCAACUCAGUGAGAUGCUUCCCAGUGGUUUACAGCUCUUGGCUUCAUCUGGCAAGAGCGAUCUGUAAUCCAGGGGUGUACAGGUAAGGGAGCCCUUCAGAGGCUGGUGGAAAAGGAACGAUGCAUUCAGCUUGAUACUUAAAGAAGGUGAAUAUUCUGAUGGUUUCCCACUGUGUCGCACUAUUCAGUUUCAAAAAUCGUGGCUUGCAUUUAUCCUCUCAGUAGAACGAGGCACUCUGGCUCCUGGAGGAGACCGAGGAGUGUACACUUAAUUGCUUUGUGAAUGAUGUGGAGUCUUGGAAUGCAAUCUAGCCAUUGCUCAUUAACUAGCUGAACCUAUUAAACCUGGACAGCAAGCAGGACUGAGUCGGCAGCCCUUGAUUGCAGGCAGCUAAUGGAGCUGUGGGAGCAAGCUGUGACUGCAGAGCGGAAUUGGCAGUAGACUCCCGUCAACCUUCUCUGUUUUGAACUCGCCCUACACUCCAUUUAGACUUCUGGCUUGGAGACAGAUGAUUUCAGAGCAGCGAGGAGGGGGAGGAAGGCGGAGGGUGGAAAGCAUUGUCUUCCCGGCUAUGUUAGCUUUGAUCUGAAGUUAAAAGAGAACCACAAUUCAAAUGGCAUUGGUAAUUUGACAUUUAAACCUGCAGCAGCAGCGAGAUUUGUCAUCUGACUGUGGCUGGCUUUGAUUAUUGAUUGGGUCUCAUGCAGAUGGUUCCACUACACAAUGCUAAAACAAAAGAAAGUGCUCAAAUAAUGUGACUUUGCAUCUAGUCGGUGUUUUUUAGCUCUGAGGGAAUCAGCUGCUCUUACAAAGCACAUGUAUAGGUGGUUUGGUACUCAUGAAAGAUAUCCUGUCUUGCAAAAGAGCACAGUAGCACUUUCUUGCAUCUUUGUGCUACACUAGCAGCACAGAAGAAAACAAAAUUCACUAAAUGUUAACUGAAUAAUUGAGGGUUUGUGGUGUUUGGUUUUGUUUGGUUGGUUGUUUUUUUGUUUGGGUUUGGGGGUGGUUUUGUGGGCUUUUUGGUUGUGUUUUGUUUUGGUUGUUUUUUUUGGUUGGUUGGGUUUUUUUAGUAGCUUGAAGAAAAGUGAACAAAAUUGGGAUUUGCCCAGGAAAUUGGAAGCGUUUAACCUUUUAAACACAUGAGGGCCCCAGCUGGCGAUGAAUACAGCCCUGACUACAUAGCGUUUACCUCCAGAGCACUCUUGGCAUUGCACUGGAGCAUUGUUUCAGAGCAGUUUGUGCUGCUUGCUCAAUUGCCAGCAUCUCAUCCUUCUGCACUCGCAUGCCUCCCAUCCAGUCACACUUUGUGCCCAGCCUUGUUUACCUUGUGGGUUUUGCCAGGAUCACAACUUGGUGGUGUGGCUUUGGGCCCAGUCGUACCGUCUGUCAAGGAGAAGGGGAGAAGUAGUGGUUUUGACACGUUGCCUGAAGAAGGGCAUGUCCAAAUGUGCUUUAAAUUCUUUGUUCUACCUGCUUGUUCGAUACGUGUAAGCUGCUGUAUGUUGUGGAUUUUUUUUUUCUGUUGUUUUGCCUUAAUUUCCCCAUUGUGAAGAGAUAAUUUCAUUUCUAGUCUGGAUUUAUACAUUUUGUUUGUGCUGCUGGCAGAUCCUAUCAACACCCACUUUUCUGUGAUAUUUAAACUUUAAAAGAUAAAAUAAAAAUCUUUGGUGUCAUAGAACACUGACUUGCUUAUAAAAUAGUUCCAUAUACCAGAGGUGCUAUUUAAAAAUAUUGUAGGAGUCUAGUAAUACAUUAGCAUUUUAUGCAUUUUGCUCCGAGCAGUCCCAAAGUAUAAUACUGAAACUGUAGUGCAUACAUGCAACACUGCUGAGAUGCAGUCCCUAGGGCAGAGGCUCUAAACCAGCCCUGCAUUUGCUGAGGGUGCAGGGAGCGAUGGAUGCGAGCAGCUUGAAACAAAGCAGCCAGAAUAAACUGCCUUCUGGAGGAAAGUGCUACGAAAAUCAUCAGUGUUGAUGUACAAUGGCCAGGGGUUCAGCGCGAGAUGCUGUCAAAGUUGCCCACCCUGGGAUCACUAAGCCGUGUGUGGACCCGUGCUGGGAUCCCGCCCAGUGCCACAGCUGCAGGUAUGCACUCAAGGCAAAAUAUUUAGAGGAGUGUCCACGUGGGCUCUGUGUUAAUAAUAGAAUUGUAGAAUAGUUUGGGUUGGAAUGGACCUUCAAAGGUCAUCUAGUCCAACCCCCUGCCAUGAGUAGGGACAUCUUCAACUAGAUCAGGUUGCUCAGAGCCCUGUCCAGCCUGGCCUUGAAUGUCUCCAGGGAUGGGGCAUCUACUGCCUCCCUGGGCAACCUGGGCCAGUGUUUCACCCUCAUUGUAAAACAUUUCUUCCUCAUGUCUAGCCUGAAUCUCCCCUCCUUUACUUUAAAACCAUUACCCCUUGUCCUAUUGUAACAGGCCCUGCUAAAAAGUCUGCAACUUCACUGCAUUGAAGGCAAAUAACCGCUUUUAUUUCUGAGCAGCUACAGAUGGAGUACCCCACUCUAGCUGUAGGCUGAGCUGGCUUGUGGUGGCCGUGCACCAGGAGCAGUGGACAGAUGGGUGGCUGCAGUAGGUGCUUUGGUGGCUGGUGAUUUCUUAUGUGACACCAAAGCACUUGUGUCCCCGACACAUGCAAAGCAUGUUUCUCUGCCUUGUCCUAGGUAUCCUUCAGGCCCAUUUUAUAUUUGAGUCCCUUUAAAACCAAUGUGUGAGUUGCUCUCAGGUUAGCCAUUUUAUAUGUAUCUCAGCAUGUGGGGAUGUAGAACUUUAGUGUGAGGACAACAAAACCAUUUUCAGAUGAUUUUGAGACACCAGUUACUUCAUUCUAGGAAAUUCAGCCUUGUAGAGGCUAAUAAAAACUAAAAUUCAAGCUUUUAUAAUGUUUAGCAGAACUAAUACCACAGUACGUUUUCUGGUUAUAAUUUCAAAACCUCGGUGACAUUUUAUCUGAAUGUUCCCAUACAGGCACUAUUAUUAACAUGUGAGAAUCUCAGGAGCAGCUGAGGGGAGCAGCAGCCUCCCUGGUGUAUGAGCUCCAUCCUGCAAAAGGAAUUACAGCAUGUCCAGCUGUGAUGCAAUAGCUCAGGGUUCAGGUGGCAGCCUCCAAGUCCACUGUUUCUAACCAAGCGGCAUAGCAGCCUCUGCUCCUUUUUCACUCUUAAAAGAAAAUGAAGUGAUUAAUGCUUUCAGUUUUAAAAUAUAUCAUGUCUGAAAGAGAGAAAAUUAAAAAAAAAAAAGAACUAUUUUAUUUUCAUUUGACAUGACAAGAAAGAGCCUUCCGAUGCAUUAAGUUGGGAAGUAAUUAGUCUUGGGAGUGUGAGAUGGGUUAUAAUCUUAAUGUCAUUUUACCAUUACUAAAAUAGGCUAAUUUUGUCCUUUGCUAAUCCAUGCAAAUCCCAUUGAUUUAACAGUGUUGUAUGGAUGAAAAUAAGAAAUGCAGCUGGCCUAUAUUUUGGGAUUUCCUUGCCCAGUGUAAAAACUUACAGAGUAUGUUGUUUGUUGAAGCAGCCGUCUCUCUUGGAUGCGGGAGCACUACUACCAAAUGCUGGCGCAAGCCGAGGCAUCACGUGCAGCUGUGGCAAUUUCAGAGCUAGCAGGUGAAGCACAAAACCUUUCGUUUCUCCAGAUUCAGCAAAAUACACAUAUGUGCUGUUUGUCACUAUGUUUAUAGCAAAGUAGGUGAAGAGCAGAAAACAUUUCUGGAGAUGGUGAAACCUGCUUUAAAUGAAAUGAGAGGUGCUAAAAGCUUACAUAGAUCUUGAAAAACACGAAGGGUUGGGCUGAAUGUAGCCGUUUCAGUCACAUUUAGAACCUCCACAUACUUAAAUGGGAAUACAUUUAGGUCAGUGCUUUGUGCUUUGCAAAAUCAGCUCCUUAAUCUCCUUCGGAGCAUUUCUGACUGUGAUUUAGGGGGAGGGGGGAGGGAAGUUGCUUCCAGGCUGAGACUUGUCGCUAAGUUGUCAUAUGGAGUUAAUCUGUUGAAAGACUGAAGUGGUGGAGAUAGGCAAGUCCUGAAUUCUGAAACCUGCUAUUUACUGGUGAGUAUACUUGCAUGCAGGUACUCAUUAUUUGGAAGCAUUCAGCCAAGGUAUCCAGAAACUUUUGGGUUUUAAACCAUUUGCCUAAACCCUAAAUCAUGGAGGCAAAUUCUAGUUACCUGGGUUGAUCUUGCUUUGUUUGUGUGUUUCAGCAAGAUUCAGAGAGGUUGUGUCAGAUGAUCUCUUUUAUACGCAGUUUCUUGCAUUCAUCAAGUAAGUGGAGCAGAAAUACCGUUUCCUCCUUUCUCUCUACCGCCUUUUUCAUUUAAUGAAAUGGGAAAUGUUGAAGGUACUGGAAACCUUGAUGUGACAUUUCUUAAUGCAAUGAUGCUGUCUCUUAGAUUUGGGUCCUGUAAGCAAGUUGCAAACAUCAAAAGCUCCUGUAUCGCUAGUCUGCUUUAGUGUAGAUUUAUGAAGUUGGUAAGGAAUAAGUAAUCAGGCUAGUAUAUCAGACUAAUAUAUGCUUUAAAACACGUAAUGAGAAGUAGUUCCUUGGCAAAUGGUAUUAGUGGUAAUACAGUUGGUCAAGCUCUCUGUUACCGUAAAGGAUCCUGAGUUUGAGUCUGCUGUCAGAGGACAUGGGAUAAUGGGGGAGAGAGUUGGGAUUUAGGAUAUCUUUAACCAGCCUCCUGCGAGCAGAGGCUCCAGGGUGACUGUAACUGGUGCAGUUGUGAUUGCAGUGUGAACGUGGGUGUCACAUAAGUGAGACGGAGCCUCCUGGGAUUGAACGUUGGCGCUCUGUCUUUCGUGAAACCCCCAUGUGCUCACCCACGUCGCUAUGUAUGGCUGUCACCCACCCGCUAAUGAGGACCGAAACAAAAAUGUUCUGCAAGGAAGUCUUCCCUUGGUGUUCACCCCCAAGUAUUUCUUCUUCUGUCUGCUCAGCAGGUGCUAAACUCAGAGAGUUACAAAAGAGGAGGAGUUAAACUAAGGAGGAGAUGACCUUGUGUGCUCUCUGGGCUUCCCAGGUAUCUCAAGUGUUUGGUUUUGGGAUCAGAGAUCAAGCCCCAUUCCUGUUUGGGUUGGUGCUUCAGUUCUUGCCUCUCCAUGUCCAUACUUACUGAUUUUUCACAAGCAAUAAAAUCAAAAGCUGACAAUCAACCCAGUCUUGAUGGAGCAUUGCGGUGGCAGCCCAGCUUAUCUGGAAGUACAGAUAAUAUUAAGAUGUGCUCUGUCAAAGAGUUCUAACUGUCGAGAGGGAAAAAUGGAAGUGCAGCACAGUCAUGCACAGAUUUGUUGUCUAGCCAUUAUGAGGCCAAGCAAAGAAAGAUAGGUAUCACAAAAUUAAAAUUCAUAAUCAAAGCAAAUGAAGCAGUAUUGUAAUUACUUGGAUCAACAGAAGCCAUGAUAGCUGUUCUCUUGUGAAUCUGAAAUAGUUAUUUCAGUCUUCCUUCAACUUCCUCUUUUUUUCAGCUGAGAUCUAACAGCUAGAGAUUUCUGUGACACCUCUAUUUACUCGGACACCUGUUCUUGACUAGCAAAAAAAGUACACUGGGAGUUUUCUUGUGGAGACUUGGUGGGGAGUUAGCUGAGACAGGUACCAGCUCUGUCCUCUAUCUGCUUAACAAUGGCUCUUCCUCCAUGGAGAGUGACUCCGCAGCACGAUGGUCCAUGUUUCAGAAAGUCUAAUGGUGUUUCUUAUAGUAUUUUAAAGUCUGGAUUUGACCAAGUGGAUUCAAGAGUCUCUCUCAGUUUCAGAAGCAGAGGGCACUUUUAAAUGCUCUUUGUUCUUUGUAACAAGGCUGUGUUUUUUAUGGAGAAAAUAUGUGUCAGGUAACCACAAAUGGCAGAAUUACUUACUUUUCUCAGGGUUUUACACUGAGCAGUACUUUAAUCACCAAAAUUUUAGCUAAAUCCACCUAUUGCAGUAUACACAGCUUUUGCAUGUUUGUAAGCUGAGGCAUGGUGAAGUUGCUCAGGGUUAUACAAGAAGGUUUUUAAUACAACCCUGGGACUCCUUUUGUUUGCCUCACCUCUACGUGCCUGUUUGUUUAUUGUGAUAUGUUAACAAGAAGAGGUGAAAUAGGGUGGUUUGGCUUUUUUGAGGCAGGCUAUAUGUUUUUUACACUUGCUCGGUUUAUAUUUAUACUACUUGAGAGCUGGUUGUCUGUGAAUAUUGUUGUCAUCUCCAGUUUUUAUGUUAUUCUGAACGUUUCUUCUUUGCCUUCCAUGUUUGUGUCUUCUGUCUUGAUUUGGCAUGAUUUAAAGGCUGACACUGAUUUCUAAAUAUCUCAGCUAAUAGCAUUUUUGGUCUCUUUUUUUAACCAGAAGACUAUUUUAACCCUGGACUUUGUUUCUCCCUUCUCUUGCUCCACUCCAUUUCCCACCCCAUUCAUGAACCUGGCUGGUGCCAAGGAUGACACCACCAGUGUGCAGAGUGCACUGACCUAAUCUGUUGACCAUCCUGCAGAUUUACAAAGCAGCUUAUACCAUCCUGAUUUGGUCUGGCUUGUACAUCUCUUGUGUGGUUGAUAGGUGACCCCCACAAUUUUACUUUGAAAAAGUAAGUUAGCAAGUCCCAGGUACUGGUCCUCUGGGUUAGAUUUCCCUGGUCUGUGGAGCCUGUCUCCCUGAAGGAUUUGGCUUUUGCAAUGUUGAGCUACUGUUCUUUUCAACAUUCUUUGCCCAUUUUGGCCCUCUCUUGAACCUGACUUUUAAAUGUUAAAACUUCAGGUCUGUGGCUUGACCAUCCAAGUGCAAAGUCUGCACUUACGGUUCACCCACCUUACGGUUCACCCACUGUCGGGUCCAGAAUGACUUUGUCACGUGGGGCCUGAGUGUAGAUAACAUCUCUCCUGUGAGGUGGUAUAAAUUGUUGGCAAAAGGGACCUUCCUUUUCAUUCUCCAUCUGCUGAACCAAAUAGCACCAUAAGUAUAGAAGAAUAUGAGCUAGUUCAGUAGCCAAAAAAAAAUUUUCUGAAGUUUUUCUCCCAGCUCUGAUAGGUGUUAAGUUUCUGUGUUUCACUGUAUUUAGGGAGUCCUAACAUGAACCCGCAUCAGAUUUGGAUGGUGAUAACUACUAACAUAUUAGCAUGCUGGGACAAGGGAGGGAGGCAUGCAAAAUGUUGUGCUGGAGAAUGUAUGAACAACUCACAGCAGCUCUGGAGACAGAACGCAACUGCUUCUGAGACAGAAGAUGUGGUUUCUUUUUUAACCCAGGUAUUGAAAUGGCUGCUGUUACUGUAAAAUAUGAGUACUCUGCGAUCUUUUCAUCUUGCAGCAUCCUUAUCGAGUAGAACAUCCGUGUUCCCUUGGCGGUUGGUGGUGCAUGGAUACCACUUAACCCAACAACCAAAACAAGGUGGCAACCGAACUCACUGGAAGCAAGGUUGCAGAGUCUCGUGACCGAAACCGAACUGGCCAAAUGACAUGGUUGAGAUGAAAAGCAGUGAUCUGACACUCUGUAUUUGGGGUUCAGCUACAGGCACAAAUCUGUUCCUGGAAAAGAGGCAAAUUAGAGGAAGAUGGUGAGAUAGCUCUUGCAGCAAAGCAUGUGCCAGGUAAGUAACAGAUUCUGUCUUGGGUGAAAUGAUACAACCUGCUUUGGUGAAAACUGUGAGCCAGGCAAGCCUCUGAGAAGUUCUUCAUGGAAGGUUUUUGGAAAAAAAAAAUAAAAUCCACUGAAAGUAGGUUUCUGGAACAUUGGAAGAAAGGCUGCAACAACAAAAGAGGUGCAGGUGAAAAAGAUGGACGAAUACAUCAAGUACAAUCCUUUGAAUAAGCAAAAUGCCUGUGACCGGGAAUUGAUGAAGAGCAAUCUAAGAAUGAAAACAAAGCUAUAAUAUAUUCAUGAAGCAAGGUGAUUAUAACUCAGAGGGAGUAGCAUUAAUUAUGACUUCCAAGGCAGAAAAAUAGCUUAUAGACUGGGAACCAAUUAGCGGUCGAUUGCUCUGAACUAGAUUUCAAACAGUACAUGAAAUGACAAUUACACAGUGUUACCAACAGGCAACUACUAUGAUAAGAUAAGAGCUGUCAGCAGAUUUGGACCAAAUUCCUCAGCCUGACGUCUGCUUGCUAACGGAGAGACAUCCUUCUCGGGGUUAGGGACACUGACAGAAUGGAGGAAUCGAUGGCCAAGCAUCAUCUUCUGUCUCCAAAGCCAUCACGCGGGGCCUGGCAGAGCUCUGCCUGCUCUCAAGGCUCUUGGCAAUGCGUGGGCAUAGUGUAAAGAUGUCCCCAGAGCAGCUGGUGGAAUCGUUGUGGUCUGAGUGUAUUGGAGGCAAACACAGCACAUCUCUUCAGGUCUCCACAUGCAGUCAAAGUGAUUGAUAUUUUUUGUGACAAUACCAAAAGGAAAAAAAGAAAAAAAUCCUCUGCGGCAGAAUUAGUAAGGGAAGUGUUUCUUUUGGUUUUACUACCAAGUGAGCAAAAUUUGCUAAAGAUGUAACUGGUUUUCAGCUAAGCAAGCCCAAAUAGUGAGGUUUUCCAAGGAUGGAAACAGCAAAGCAAAUAGCGGAUGUUUAAAUGCAUCCAGCAAAAGCAGCGGGAAAGUCAGUUUCAGAACAAGAGCAGAGGACCCCAAGAGAAAUAAAGCAGGUAGCCGUGCUCAAUAGGCUGAUCUAGUUGCUGAAAAAAACUAUCCCCUUCACUUUUGUCUGCAUCCGCUCAACAGGUAAGGUGCCACUGCCCAGUGGGCCUGUCUGAGGUUAACAAGUGAAAACUGUUCAGUGACAGGAAAAGAAGGACGACAACGGGAGGAACUCUGUGACUUUGCCAGAGGAACUGAAAGUGGCAAAAGAUGCUGUCCCACAGCACAAAGGCAGAUAUGAAAAACUCACUAAAAACAAAAUUUGGAGAAGCUGCAGGUAGAGACCGUUGCAGCAGAAUGACUGAAUGAAUAGUUUCUGAGUUCUUCGAGAAAUAUGGGAAUAUGACAGAAAUAAUAGUGUGACUGAUGGUGAAAUUGUAUUCCAGUUAAAACAUCCUAGAAAGGUGAUGAAAUUGCAACAGUUGAAUAGAAGUUCUGUUCCUUUCAGUGGUACAGUCAUGAAAAAUGAAAAAAAAAAAACAAACAAACCAAACCAAAGAAGAAAAAAUAUCCCACCAAACAAAAAAAAAACCAAACCAACAGAACAAAAAACCCCCACCAAACAGAGAUUCUAAUUUUUUUCUCUUAUAGCUUCAGCUCAGCCAUUUCAAUUCAGGAGAUAAAGAAAUGGCCAGAUUUUUUGAUAGCCUCUUCUGCUCCCUGGCUUGAGGCAGAUUGCCUGCCAAUCUGAUACAGUUGUUUGUUUGAUGUUCUUAAGGAGGAGGGAUGGUGUUUUAAUUACUCUUUUCAGGACAUUUAUCUACUCAUUUCAAGUAUGUAUUUGUAAUAAUUGUGAAGUCUUGACAAGACUGAAGUAAGCACAGAGCUGAGUAAUGGUUCAUUGUGGAUAACACUGGUGUAAAACAGACAUGCACUCUGUCACCUCUUUACAAUUGCUGUUGACUUGAUGUUGACAUGACCAAGUCACCAUGAGAAAAAAUACAAUACAGUGAAUUGCUACAUCACUUAGAUCCAGCAUCUCAAGCAUAGGGUGCUUAAGUGAUAAUUCAGAAAACAUGUGAGUAAAGACUGUCUAGCACUGCAGGGCUAAAAAUUACUUAGGAAAACAAAUCUCAGGGGACCUGCAGCAAAUCCCAACUGAAGCAUUGUAUAAAAAGGCAAAGGAAUACAAGGAAUGAGUCAAUUUACAUGUCUUGGCAGAAGCACACCAACCAGCGGGGUAGUCCAAAAGGAAAUGUCACCAACUGGCGAGGCAACAGCUGCGUUUACCAACUUAAACAAAAUUAGUCAUUGAAAAUACAAAUGUAAAGACCAAACUAGGAGUCUUCAGCUCAGAUGUUAUUUCCAUUUUAACAUGUGGAUGUGAGUGUUGGAAAUUCACCAAAGGCACAGACAUGCCUCCAGAAGUAAACACCUGGGGAAAAUACUAGGUAACAGAGGGAGUGAAUUUGUCACAAAUGCAAAGAUCUGUCACUUCGUAACCAGCACGUUCCCCAAAUUAUCUAGGGUAAGUGAUGGGGACACUUGGGUCGUGUGCUGAGAGUGAUGCCAGCAAGCCUGUCCGAGCAGAUGGGCUCUUGAGCAGCUGGAGGAACAUGCCAAUGGUCAGACCAGAUACUUCUUGGAGUGUGAACACUCACUGGCACUCAAUGGUACAGAAGAACUGUAGAGAGUGGCUAAAGAUGGGCACAGACGGCAGAGCCACAUCAGCUUUCCAGAGCAUCAUCUGUGUGGGCAAGAAGCCUAUUGGGGGAAAAAAGUUACUCUUGGUUCACUUGAGGUAGGGGGAGGACACUUAGAUGGUGUUUUCUCCUUUGCAAAUUUAGACUAUUUAAGGUUAUGUUACUGAGAGGAACCGGAGCUUGCCAGUAGCUGCUUUUCUGGCCCUGGCUGAGGAGUGCUGCAUUGCACACUUGAGCCAAAAGAUCCAUCAUCUCUGGUCUAGCGUGCUUUUUCUGUCUGACCUCCAGCAAAUCAUGCGACCUCGCCGGUUCUCCAGAGCUCUCUGACCACAAGGCUAUGGGAUUUUAAUUAGGAACAGUGGACAGUACACUACUUUUUCUGGUUUCACAGCCAUCCGCAGGGGCUAGUAGGUGAAGCAAGCUACUGUGGAAAUAGGAAAAAAGCACGUGUUUCACACACUGCAGUGGGAGUAAAGAAUUUUCUUGUAGCUUUAUUUAAAAGUGACCUAAGAUUAUGUAACUGUAGCUACAGAUCAUCUUCAGGGUUGAACGCUGGCCCUCCUCAUUUAUGGCUGCUUGCGUGUUUGACUUAAUACAGUUUUGCAUUUUUUUCAUUUGGUGUUUUAGAUGACGGCAGUUACUACAGUAAAAAAAAUGUUUAAGUUAUUGAGUUUUAGACCACUUUCCACAAUGUGGCUACAAAAAUGACAUACCACACUCUUUUUUUUAUCCUUUCUUCAUUUGUACAAGUAGCACUUCAGUUAUAUAUUCUUUAUAGCUCUGGUUCCUUUUUGCAAACUACGCUUUCAUAGAAAAGUGAUCAGACCCUGUUCAUUCUCCCUGCUCUUAUCCCUGCAACUCAGCACCUUCUCAUGUCUCUGGGCUGAAGCAGAUGGGUCUUCUCUCGCUAGGCCAGUCGUGCCACCUCACCCCUGCUGCUCCUGUUCCAACAUCAGCACUGGGGUACUAACAGCCAUCAUUUUUAUUCCUAGUGGCAGUCAUCAGCCUCUUGGAUGAGAAGCUGAUUUUUCAGAGAGUUAGAAAUUUAAGACAGAAAAGGCUUAUUUGAUCAUCUGCUUGCUCUCUCCCUGCCAGCCUCCUAUUAUUUCUCAUCCAGCCUAGCUUUAGAAGGUUGAGGCGAGAAGAUCCCAGCCCUGUGCCUGGGGAGACAGUUUCAGCACCCAAACCAACCCAACCUUUCUGCCACAGAGUUCUUUGCAGUGGGAAUCCCAACAUCUUCCUCCCAGAUUUAAUCUUGCUGUUUUACUUGCCUCAAGGACAUUAAUUACCAUUUGCCAUGACCUUCCCAGCUAACCAGGUUUAACCCUUUUGGUUCUUCCUCCAGCAGUCUUUCUUGGCAGCCUUGUAGGAUAACUGUGGCUCCUGGUAUUGAGAAGACUGUGGCUGGGCAUCGCUUUUGAGGGUUUGCUUUCUGCCUGCCCUUUUACGUGCCACAGUGCCCCCCUGCAAUAGGGUGAGCCAUGGCAGUAGGUGCAGACAGACCCCCGCACUUCGUGUGACACCAUCCUUUAUAUCUGGAGCAGCCAGACGACAGAGUAUGCUCUUCUCUUUGCCAGCCAAGAGCCAUGUUCAAGGUCAUGUGUUUUCCCUGAGAGAACUGAUAAGCAUCGCAGGCAGCUGAGUGAAGGCACAGCAUUUUCCUGCGUCGGUGGUGGUGUGGGUUAUGCUGCCCUCCCUCGCCAGAGAUACUCAGAAACCGGGGUCUGAGCUUGGUAGCGUGAUCAAGGAGCCCCUUUCCAACCACAGUGAAAGGCAGUCUUUCUAAAAUUAUUCUGGUCCGUUUUGAAAACAGUCUGCUGAAUGCCAGCAAGGGCAGCCGCUGUGUGUGCUAUCCAUGCCAAGGAGCUCAUCUGGAUUGCAUUUAAGAGGGAAUUUUGGAUGACAAGAACCUAAAUGAACACAGGACCUGCUGUAUUUGAGGUUUUGAAACCAACAGAUAUCAGAAUAUGGGUUGGCACCAAACCCCAUCAGUAGGUUGGGAUGCAGCAGAGGCCAGUUGUGAGAGCUGGGGGUUUGCCGGGGGGCAGCUCUGGAUGCCGGAGGGCUUCCCCAGCUGGUACUCCAUGGAGCCACAGGAGCAUCUGGCGAGGCUUCUGCAGGGAGCUUCGCUUGCAGAAUCUCAGCUGGAAACCCUGUUAGAUUGCUAGCCAGUCUCCUUGAGACCACUGCUUUUCCCCCACGGCCCAGCGUGGAUGUGAGCAACCCUGCCUGCCUAGCUAGGCUGAAUCAAGUCAUUUGGGCCCUUCACAUAAGUGGUUGUAGAUAUGUCCCUAGAACAAAGUUGUAAUGCAAAUUGGUCAUGGCAGCAGCGAUGAAGUUCAGCAAGAGUUAGCCUUUGGGGUAUUUUGUCAAAUUUCUGAAGCGUGAACUGUUGGUAAACCAGAGCUAACAGGGCAGAUUCAUGAUCUGUAGCGAGAAGCAGUAUAAAGCAGCUGCAACCCUACUGCUUGGUGUUAGGUUUCUUCUGCCCUUAGUCUUGCUGUUGCUGUCACCAUCCCAGCUGGGGGCUUGGGGCGCAUUGAGGACCCCAGUCCAGCUGGAGAUGGCAGAGCUGCUGAAACGCUGCUGUGAGCGACCUUGGCCCAGAAGACCAGACCCAGCUCUCCUGUUGCCAGAUGCCCUGGAGCAGGGGUUUGUUUGUCCAGGUGCACUUGGCUGCAGUGGAGCUCUUAGUCCCUUCUGUAGGCAGCAAAGGGGUUUGCUGACCUCCUCAAAGAUAUAACUGUAGGUGCUGCUUGUAUGAAAGAGUUGAGCGACACCAUCCAGUAAACCGUCUAGAGCAGCAGGUGGCUUGCUUGGAAAUUGCUUCCAGGACUGUGUUGUUGCUAUCAGCUGAGUUGCCAGACCAUUGCCCUACAAAGCUUUGGAGGGCCACUUCUUAAUGGAUUGCUGCAGCCUCUUAAUUUCUCCAUUGAUCCUGUUCCCUGCAUCGUGAGAACCUUUUAGCCAGCACAGAACCUAGAAAAGUUACAUGGUGUGAACGGCAUGUCUGUGGAUGAGAAGACUGACUCCCCCAUGUAUGUGUAUGAGUCAACGGUGCACUGUACCAAUAUUCUCCUCUGCUUAAAUGACCAGCGGAAGCAGGACAUUCUCUGUGACGUGACGCUGAUCGUGGAGGGGAAGGAGUUCCGCGCCCACCGGGCUGUGCUGGCUGCCUGCAGCGAGUACUUCUUGCAGGCCUUGGUAGGGCAGACGGAAAAUGACCUGGUGGUCAGCCUGCCGGAAGAGGUCACUGUCAGGGGAUUUGGUCCAUUGUUACAGUUUGCCUACACUGCUAAGCUGUUACUCAGCAGAGAAAACAUCCAGGAGGUCAUCCACUGCGCCGAGUUCCUGCGCAUGCACAACCUGGAGGACUCCUGCUUCAGCUUCCUUCAGACGCAGCUGCUGAACAACGAAGAUGGCCUGUUCCUGUGCAAAAAAGAUACCACCUGUCAGCGCAUGCACGAUGAGGAGAACUCGGAUGGAGACGAAGAGGAGACGAUGGAGACGUCAAAAAUAUCUUGCCCAAGAGAGAGGAUGCACCAAGAGCCCUUCAAUUUUGAAACCACUGUUGCUGGAGCAGACAAAGGCGAAGGAAUGCUGCCUGACUCGGACAUGAUGAGAGAUAGCAAGGACAAUUUGGACAAAGAUGCAGUAACACGGUACCCUAGAUACAAGAAAUACCAGCUUGCUUGUACCAAGAAUGUCUACAACACAUCACACAUCAGUACCUCAGGUUUUGCAAGCACAUUCAGUGAAGAAAGCUCUGGAAAUGGCCUCAAAUCAGGACUGGCUAUGGGGCAGAUAAAAAGCGAGCCUCAGAAUGAAGAGAACGAUGAAGAAAGCAUCACACUUUGCCUGUCUGGAGAUGAACCUGACAUCAGGGAUAAAGAAGGGGAUGUUGAAAUGGACAGGAAGCAGCCAAGCCCCACUUGUGUCGACAGGCCGAAAAGUGGGUCCUCUCCUUCUUGCUUGCGGUCUUUCUUCAACAGAACAAAAAGCAUAGAUUUGGUUGGCUUCCCCAGCACUUCCCAACAGCACUUUGGUAGGAGUCCAGCAUGCCCUUUUGAAAAAGGGACAACUCAGGGUGACCACAAAACUGAUUACGUCCCUUUCACAGGGAACUACGGACAGUCCCAUGCCAUGCAGAAGGAUGCUUCCAACUUCACAGUGGGAUCACCACUCAGGGGGCCCGGCUUUGAAACUCUCUGUAAGCAAGAAGGGGAACUGGACAGGAGGAGUGUUAUAUUCUCUUCAAACGCUUGUGACCAAGUAAACACUUCGGUGCAUUCAUAUUCCGGCGUGAGCAGCUUGGACAAAGACCUCACUGAGACUGUGCCAAAGGGUCUGUGGGCUGGCAGCAGCCAGUCUCUCCCCAGCUCCCAGACCUAUUCGCACAGCGGACUGACAGCUGAUCACUUGCCGGGAAGGAUGCGGCCGAACACCAGCUGUCCGGUGCCAAUUAAAGUUUGCCCUCGCUCUCCUCCUUUGGAAACCAGAACCAGGACCUCCAGCUCGUGCUCUUCCUACUCCUACGCAGAGGACGGCAGCGGUGGCUCUCCCUGCAGUCUGCGUCUUUGCGAGCUCUCCUCUUCCCCAUGCUCCCAAGGCCCCCGAUUCCUGGCGCCCGAGCACCAGGAGCCCGGCGUGGUGGGGGAUGGAUUGUACAACCCAGUCCGAGCCCAGAUUAAAUGUGAGCCAUCCUAUGGAACAAACUCCAGCGAUGAGUCUGGGUCAUUCUCAGAAGCAGACAGUGAAUCAUGUCCUGUGCAAGACAGAGGGCAUGAGGUGAAACUUCCUUUUCCUGUUGAUCAAAUCACAGAUCUUCCAAGGAAUGAUUUCCAGAUGAUGAUAAAGAUGCACAAGCUAACCUCAGAGCAGCUCGAGUUCAUCCACGAUGUCCGCCGGCGCAGCAAGAACCGGAUUGCAGCUCAGCGCUGCCGCAAGAGGAAACUGGAUUGUAUUCAGAACCUAGAAUGUGAAAUCCGCAAGCUGGUGUGUGAGAAAGAGAAAUUGCUCUCAGAAAGGAACCAGCUGAAAGCAAGCAUGGGAGAAUUGUUAGACAACUUCUCGUGUCUUUCUCAAGAAGUGUGUAGAGACAUGCAGAGCCCGGAACAGAUUCAAGCUCUCCACCGAUACUGCCCCGUUCUCAGACCCAUGGAUCUACAGCCAGCCACCACCAUCAGCCCCUCCCCAGCUGGCGUGGAACAGAGCCUGGUGACCUCCCAGUGCGUCGGGGAGAGCAUGCAGUGCUGCUCGGAGCAAGGCUCAGUGCAACUGGCAGCGCCCUGGCUGCCCAACAACGUCUCAGAGAAUUGUUCGGCCACCGGGGGAUUGGAUGGAGCUGACACAGGUACUUACUCCGAGAGAGAGCUUCCGCCAGAGCAGAGCAGCCAAACGGUCACGGUAGACUUCUGUCAGGAAAUGACUGAUAAAUGUACAACAGAUGAACAACCUAGGAAAGAUUACACCUAGUGACUUGUAACCUUACCGUUACACCUGGUCAGGUGUUCUUCAGUCAGCCAGUGGCAGUGUUCAUUUGUUGUCUAGAAGAACGUAUUUGGUGCACACUACAGUGGUCUUAGCAGCAAUACUGUUUUUAAGUAUUCCCUCCUCUCUACAAGCAGGAGUUCUCUUCACAAUGGUGCUAUCCCUUGCUCAGGCAGGGAACGAAGCAGUGGCAACACUGUCUGUUUUUGUAUGUUGAUUUCAAUCUUAACAGGGAUGGACAUAACACCUCUGAGGACCCAACCGCAGCUUUUUUUCUCAGUGGCCCAUGUCACAAAACCCUAACUCAGGAAUUUCCUCUGAAUGUUCAAUUUUUCAUUGAAGACAGCUUCUUUACACAUCAAAGUUUUAUAGCUAAACUGUACAUAUUAUAUAUAAUAUAUAUAAAAUAUAUAUAUCCAUAUGCAAAACUCCCUGCAUGCCUCAAUUUUUCUCAUCCUACAAACUGGAAGCUUUCAUUUCUAUUGUAUAAACAAGUUCCAACAUUCCUUUUUGUCUUCAAUGCUAGAACUAGUUUGGUAACUUGUUACACGAUAAUUUUUUUUUCUCGGUUCACAGUUCAGCAAUAUCAUUCAAUUUGUACUUAUUUAUAAAAUUUUAAUGUUGGAAACUUAUUUGAGAUUUUAUUAUAGACAAUUUUUUUGGCACAGUCAUUUUGUGCCACUUGAGCAACAUGGAGUUAUUUUAUUUUCUUGCAGAUACUGUACAGUAAUGGUCAACUUUGCCACUUGCACUGAGUUUCUGGUCAAACCUCUUUUCAUAAAUGAAGUCAUGACUUCAGUAUAACUUGAGUAUAUGGUUUUCUUUGCUUUAUGGCUUAAAGAAAAUAGAAAGGUUUUAGCUAAUAGACAAACACUCAGGAGCUCAUUAUGUAGUAAAUACGGUCUUGCCAAAUACUGAAUUCACUAUACAAUUUGUAAAGAGAAUCUGCUUGAAUUAUUUUUAUAUUCAGACUUUUUUCUGUUUCACGAACCAAGUUUAAGUGCUGUUAAUGAUGCUUUUGGAUUCUUAUAGGGGAAAGUAUAUUUCACUGUUUAGAGAAAAAGUAUUUGACAACUGGAUCAGUUCAUCAUACGUUCCACGAAGUAAAGCAAACGGAGAUCACAUCGAUACACUUGUGGGGGGGGACUUUUUCUCCAGCCCCGCUCUGCAUCCUUUACUCAUGGAAGCAACUGCUGCUCCGGCUGGUCCCCAGAGCCUCACCUCAGCUGUCCUCAGACAUUACCUGUUUUCUCCAGACCCGGGCUGCAGAGAUGGGUCUGGUGAAGACAGUGAUCCUGCCUUGAUCCUGCCUGGGUAGGCAGAGUUGCAGGAUCAGACCCCUAGUUGUUGACUUUGGUUUCCUUAUAGAAGUCGAGUUAGCACUGUAUCCUCUCAUCACAAAACCUACAUCUGCCAGCACCGGAUUCGGUGUCUUACCCAUCCAGUUCUUGUGUUCCAGGAUCCUCUGGUCCUACAGCAUUGCCCUCAGCACAAACCACAGCUGAAAGAGCGCUGUCUCAAAGGAAACUACUCAGUGAAUUGGCUUAGUUGUGACUGUAUUGGAUUUGUAUCUUAGGCAAUGUUGACUCAUGUUAUGACUGGGUGAGACAGCAGCUUUCCAAGCAUAACAUCUGUAUGUACAGUGUAGACAGAAUAACGUCCUCGUAAUGCUUUUUUAAUAAUAAUUAUUAUUAUUCUAAGUGUACUGAGUUUUUAUUUUGUGGUUCUUUGCCCUACGUGUGCCAGGUUGCGUGGCUUUAUCCUGGACGACAAUUGUCACGUGCUUUACUGGCUGAGAUUUUUCUUGCUGAAAAAAAACAACCAGCUGUUCACACCUAUUAAAUAAAAAUUUAAAUAAACAGGUUGUGGGAAGCAGCUUCUCAGAAGCACUAAGUGAUAAUGUGGUCUUCUGUGCUAACGUUUACACUAGAGGUGUGCGCUGGUGCUUUUUUGAGGCACAUCAGCAUCUUGACCCUGGAGGAGGAAUCAGCUCCCUCUCUCCACUUCUUCCAUCUUCAGACUCUGCUCAUGGACUGUCGCCCACUCGCCACAAAGUCUUGCUUUUACCCUCUUCACCCAAACUAUUGUAGCCAAGCUACCGAGGAGGAAAUGCAUAUAGCAUGUGCCAUGUUUGUUGAGAAUACUUUUUUUUUUUCCCCCCGCAUGUACAAAGGAAAACUAGUAUAUAAUGUAGGAGAAUAUUUAUGUUUAAGUAUUAAUCAUUACUGUACAAAAUCCUUACUUUUAAGUGUUCAAAAGUAUACAAAUGCCAUAAACUCCUAGUUCACACAGUUGAAAAAGGGGGAGGAGUCGUCCUUUCUUUUUAAAAGAGCUUAACCUAAAACUAUCUGAGCCCCCUCCCAGCCAUCUUUUGCAGGUAACUGACUGAGAAGCUCUUUGGCAGGGAGGAGGGAUUUGAUUUUCCUUGGAAUUUGUUGACGUUGCAAAGCAGUUCUGUGCUUCGCAGAGAAGUUUUGUUUCUAUGAGACCAUGGUGAAAGCUAGAAUUUAAAACUAAAUGUGAAUCACAUUAUAGAGUCAUAGCUACUUGGUGGGGGGGCUGGGGUGGGCGGGAGGGAAGGGUCAACUGACACAGUAUUUUAAAGGUGUUUUUCUGUUGCCUUUUUUAUUUUUUAAGUGACCUCUUAUAUAUAUGAAUAGAUAGAAUGUUUUAUGAGUAUAAAACCAAGUUUUAACUUGCUUCCUGACAUGAAGAUUUACUCUACUAACAACUCAUGUGCAACUGGUACUCUUGACCUCAUUCCGACGGUUUAAAAAACCCACCCUCACAACCCAUUGCGCUGCAGCUCUGAGGUUUGACCUGGCUUCAUACUGGUGCUGGGUCUCUUGAUUUCCUCUACCUUGGGAACUGAUAUUUAAAACCACUGCUCAAAUAAGUGUCUCUUCCUCGACCUUUCUCCUGUCCGUCUCUCUUCCCCCCCACCCCACCCCAUGGUUUUUCUGGAUGUUUGAUUUCCUUCUUUCCCAUUAGAAGUAGCUGGUUUUGUGUCAUUGCUUCCUAUAUUUACAUGUAUCAUGGUUUUUCAGUGAGGUUUUUUUGGUGGUGGUGAUGGUGGUGGUUGUUUUUUGUUUCUAUUUCGUUUUGAGGGUUUUUUUUGCUAUUCUGAACCACAUGGCUCCUAAAGUGGUUACUGGGCUAAAGUCAAAGGAAGAUUUGGGGAGGAUUAGCUUCAGAACUGGACAACACUUGACAUACCUAAUGGUUCUCUUCAUGAGGUCCAAACAACUGACCAUGAGAAUACCAUUGGAAAGACAAAACAAACAAACAAACAGAAGAACCUGACUGCAGUAUUCAUGAAUUUUAAGAGUUUGGCCAAUGGUCACCAUGAUCUUACUUUUGUCGAAGAGGAUUCGUGCAGCAUGGGUCCUGCCAGGGAUCAUUUGGGAACGGGGUGGUGAGACCCCAUUUCCCCGCAGGAUGCUGCAUCACUCUCAUGGGUGUGCGAGUCCUUGGAGCUUUGUCCAGUCUGUAUCUAGUCCUCCUUUUCCUUUGCCAUUGCUGUACUUGUAUCGCCAGGAAACCUCAUUUCAUUUAGGCUUGUUAUGCUUUGUCAGGUGAGUACUACACUAUAUAAUGUGUUUGUUUCUCUGCGUUCUCUGGGGGUGCCUUGAACACAAUUAAAGCUCAUUGCAAGCUGAUUCUGGAACAAAAAUGUAGUGGAAAUAAAAAUUAAAAAAAUGAAAAAGAGAAAACAAAACAGAAAACAAGCAAAACAAAAGCAAAAAUGUUGAGUGUGUUAUCAGGAGAUCCCAUUAUUUAUAUCACGGACUUCCUAACAUGUGAUGACUCAGGCGUCAGAGUUUGAUGCUGCAGUAUAAAACUAUUAUUUUAUAUAUUGUACAAGUAAUUUAUUAAAUGUCUUUCUAAGGGUAUAUGCUGCUUUUAAGAUGCACUAUAUUUUUGGAUCUAAUCCUCGUAUUUUUUUUUUCCCAAGGAAGUAAAAUGUGCUGCAAAGGCAAGCCACAGUGAUUAGUAUGCUAACCGCUACUUCUCUUUAAGAAGGAGAGUGGGAACUAGAUACGUAACUUUGCAAAAUGGAAUAAUUGCUGCCAGAGAAGUGAUUAAUACUGAUAGUGCGGUCGUUAAUCUGGAGUCCAACACUUUGUCAAGUCUGUAUUCUAAAGAGUGCUUAACUGAAAGUUAAAAUUCCUAGAUAUAUAGUUAGACUUUUUAAUAUGUAACUUUAUGAUUGCCUAAUAAAUAAAACAAAUCUGCAUGCUGGAAUCACUAUAAUCCUGUAAUAAAAUGAAAUCUGAUCCACUAGGAGAAAGCAGGGCGAAGCAUUGCAAUUCUAGAAUCAACACCACAUCCUCACUUGUGUCUUGAAAUCCACUGCUGUGGUGGUUAAAAAAGAGAGAGGGGUGGGUUUGCAGAACAGAAGAGCUGUGCUGAAUUUCACAGUGAGACAAAGUGAACAUUUGCCAGGUUUACAGAAGCUCACAGUUUGCUCCACUUCAUGUCCUCGACCAUUGCAACAAGGAGCGCUGCUUUCACUUUUUUGUUGUUUUUCCUGAUCUGAAAUGCGUUUGGAGGUGCCUCCGCGUGAAUGUUGUAGCCCAUGGUUACAGCAUUUUGAAAAAAAAUCUCUAUUUUAGGGCUGCCUAGAGGAGGUUUAGCUCGGUAUGAGCGGCAGAGCUGAUGGCCACACAUAAGGAGGGGAUCUGCUAAGUAUGGAGUGGUUUAUUUUUAUCGGAAGUGAGGUGAAACUAAAACCAUUAACAUAAAGAACUUAUGCUCUCUUUCCUGCUAGAAAUUUUCUCAACAGAUUUUGACUUCAUUUCAGUUUUGUCUCUGCCAACACAGUCCAAGUUAAUUUUAUAUCCAUAUAUAAUACAUGUAUGUAUGUAUACAUACAUCUAUAAUUCUAGUCAGAGUGUGUGUUUGUGUAUUUUCCUGUUUAUAAUACCAAUAUGUAUAUUUAUAAUACUCCUUGGAGUAUUUAAUGACUCAGGCAUCAGAUCUGAUGCUGUAGAAUACAAUAUAUGUGUAUAUGCAUAUGUCCAAAUAUUGUGUGUAUAUUUAAAAGAUCUAUUGUUGGUGGUCUGUAGAAUAAUUAUUCCCUUCACUCUCAAAAUUUUAAUGGCAUUACUUGCAAUGACUAAGUGUACAGUAUUUUCCUACACUCCACCAAGAUAGGUAUUAUUUAUAUCGAAGUCAAAUAUUGAUAUGCAUUUUAAGGUAUUGUGUGGAUAAUAUUGCCAUUUUUGCAAGGAAAAUUGCUUUUUGGCAGGAAGGAAUGCUAAAAGAAGCCUUUUUAUAAGGUCAUGACGCCAACCGACGACUGCUAAAAAGCCAGUUAGGUGACUCCUGUUCUUGUACGAAUUUUAGCGACUGUGGUCAGAGCCCUUUCGGUAGGUGAAAGUCACUGCAUGGCCCAUGCAGUGCCACUGUUGUCCCUUCUGGCUCAUUAAGGGCAUGCAGAAAGAAACCAGUGUCCUAAAAUAGAAAUGGCAGCUGGCAGUGUUUGAUUUCAUUGAUGGCUUAGAAGCAGAGACAGUCCCAGGCUGCGAACCCAAACGACCCCUCUGCAUUGGCGGGAGCCGAGCAGGGGCUGCCGUGGCUGGCCGGGCCCGUCCCUCUGGGGGACACGGGCAGAGGAGGGAGCAGCCGCCCCACGCCGGGGGCCAUGGCUGGGAUCCCCCCGCCAGGCCGGUGUUAUCCUGAAUUUGUGAUGGACCCUAGAGACAAGUGUGUGGUUUCAGGCCUAUUCUCACUCCUAGGUCUGCUCUGCCUGGAGCAAUCCGGAUCCCUCCAAGCGGCAGGAACGCUACUAAACACUUUGGUGAUAUUCGAUGCGUGGUUGUUUACUCGUAGUUCCGAGCAUCGCCUUUGAUUUCAAAGGUUGGGGAAUGCCCUAAGAGUUUGUUCCAGAACCAGUUGGUUGCAAGUGCACCUCUUAUCUAUGCCUUACAAACUUCAGAGGCCAUAUUCAAAACAGGGUUUUAUCAGUGUAUGCAAGGGGGUGCAACCCCUCUUCUCUUCCUCCCCAGGUCAAACAGUAUGGACAGUUUUCACACAUAUCUACCUGUAUAACCCUCUGUACCUCUCAUAACUGGUCAAUGACUGUAACAGGUUACAUCAGGUGUUUUUUCUACAUACUUUUUACACAAAUUCUAUGCGAUUAAUGUAACUUAAUUCAAUGCAUCAUUUUAUUGUACUAGUUCUUAAGCUUGUCUUUAUUUUUUUUCUAGGUGACUGUGGUUUCUUGUGAUUUUUAUUGUAUAAAUAAAUGAGGUGGCUGUUGAUGCUUACUCUCUGUUACUAAGAAUUUUUACCUUUUUGGAAGAAAGCAUUGCUAUGAACUAAUGAAUUUAAAACGUCAUUUACUCAUUGUAAAUACAGUAUUGUGCAAAAAACAAAAAUGAAAAAAAAAAAAGAACACCCGACCCUUUUCAUUCAUUUGAAUUGCUAGUGUUAACUGAAUUUUGUCUAGACACCAUUUCUGUUGAUGAAAUAAAGACAUAUCAUUAUGUAUUGUAAAUUGA